AUAUGUGGUAUUCCUGUGGUUAAGAAAGAUGGCGGACUAGGUCGUUUCGACGGUGCCAAAUUCAAGUUGUCGUCCACCAAUAAGACCAAUUCGCUCGGGGAUUAUUUGCCUUUUCCCACUUCAAGAGGCGAGCUAGCUGACUGGUCUCUUCAAAUCUCAUAAGUCAAGAAAGAUCCACAGAAUGUACGCCCUAGGAGGGAAAUGGAAGGAAAGAAAAAGACGGCGGAAAUUGGAAAGGAGGGCCAAGGGCCAGAGGCUUGUUAUCCCCGACGCGGCGUUUUACGCAGACACCGAUCACUUGCCUAAGUUCGACGAAGUAAAGAUUCAGGAGGAGUUAUCGACCUUCUACGAUCCUUCAUCGAUUACCCUCGCGUCCGACUAUGCGUGCUUUAAAUAUUCUAUGGGCGGCAACCUGAAGCUCUAUGAUGACCACAUAGCGCUCUCAAGCCCUAAACGAAAGAUCAAGAAACCUUCCUACAGCCCUUGUAAAACCGGAAGUGAUUACGACCAUUUAAAGCUAGAAACUUCUGGUGAAAAAACUGGAGAACUUAUAAACGACAGCAUGGAUCUGACCGGGAAAAAGAGGAAUGGUAGUCUUAACGAGACUGGUGAUGACAUGGAUUUCGGAGCUACGCAUUUGCGUGCAAGCUUUGAGCAUCUGGAUAUCUCGGAUAUGCCAGGAAAAUUGCUCUCGAGUAACGCCUCGAGAAUUUCCAGGAAAAGUGGUUUUGAGCAAGAGGUGGAGAGCCCGAGGUAUUUCCCGAGUAAGGACCGGGACUACUCUCCUAUUCGCACGGACGCCAAAGAGAGGAGUCCUGACUAUAUGCUAACUGCACCGACAACUAACGAGCGAGAAACUAACUGUUCCCCGGCACCUAAACCUGGCAUGAGCACAGGGACGCGUCACGACUCCAGGCCGGAUGAUGGAGCUACAGACGCUGCAAACACGGACAGAUCGAUGGGCGCUAAGGAUACUUGGGAUGCGAACAAACAUGGCGCUUGGGAUGCGAACAAACAUGGCGCUGCAGGCAUGAACGUGUUGCAGAGUAUGAGCCGGUACGAUCGCACGCUCAAUUAUGUGAAUCAGCAAAGCAGGACGUUACAGACUGGUGACUACAAUGAACUCAAUGCGGAGCUAUCUGAUUUAAGUUCAGAGGUUUUCACGGAUGGGGAACUCCUGGAUACGAUUCCUGACUCAGGAAAUUGGUCUAACGAUAGAUUGGACAAAGACUUUUACCCAGAUUCUCCGACCUCGGAAUUCGCGUUUUCGAAGACGCCCUGCAGCUCGAGGAAAAACAGCGUGGAGUCGCUGCUGUCAGAGGACAGUAUCCCUGAAGAGACACCAAGCAAGAUGCCGAUACGCACGUCAAUAGUGGUAAAUGCAAACAAGACGACUCCACUCGCCAAUGGGCCGACACGCAGUACAACAAAAAUGUUUGUGCCCACGGCUACGAAAAAGGCUGAAACAAAGAAUGCAAAGGCUAAGACGGUCACACCCGGCAACACUGCCCAUAGACAAGGUGGCGGACGAGGGAAGAUUACAAAAAGAAAAGUAGAUUACUCGAACACGAAGUCUAAAGUGAACUCUUUCGCCAACUUUAAUCACACACCGGGAGGCGGAAGUGCCAAAAUUCCGUCCAAGCCCAUUGCCAGCUAUAGGACCGUCGAGCCUCGCACUGACACACAUGGAAUCGAGGCGUACAGUAACUUGCCAGCAGAAUUCCAAGAGAUCGCUCGACGACUCGCGAGGCAGGACAAGGACCUCCGGAACAUCAGUACUAGUGGGAGCAGUUCAGGGGGGCGCAGUCGACCAAGGUCUCGAAUCUCGAGUAAUAAAUCGGGUCGAGGUGGGAGCCUCAGUCCAAAUACCGAGCGCAGAACAGUUAAUCAUACGAAAGGUCCAGGCAGCCAUCUUUCUGCUUCGGCCCUCAGUCUGGGCUCGACCAAAAAGCGCCACCCGGUUAACCGCACCCCAAGUCUGCACUCGAGACCCGUCACGCCAAGCCUGAGUCGGUCACACCCCGCCACAUACUGCACGCCGCACUCACGACCGACGUCACGCUCAUCCUCGCCGGUCAGGUCACGCAACUCAUCACCGACACGUAGUCACAGGUCACGGCCAUCAUCACGGUCCUCGUCACCAAACCGAGGUCGCCGGUCACGCACAUCAUCGCCGAGACGGAAUCGGUCACACAACGCAUCCCCGACGGGGAACAGACAGCCAAUAGGCUCUUCACCGGCACGUGACGCAUCGUCACGAAAUUCUUCUUCUAAAGAGAAAUCUCGUCGAAGGUCUCCAUCACGCAAUCGCUUGAAUAAUUCCCGCCCAACUACUCCAGUUUCAGACAUUCUCUCGGUCAACGCUCGCUCAGUAUUCCAAGUGAUCCCGGUGAGCAGGUGAUACAAGCAAUAGAUAAGCAUAGAUAUAUUGUACAUAGAGUUAUCCAAUAACUAAUUUUAUGUAUUGAUUAUCAGAAUUACCAAGGAAUUUAAGCAAGAACAUUUUAAGCAUUUUUACAUUUUGUCAAAUAUAUGUCUAUAAAUAUUUAUGCUCUCUUGAUCUUAUUGAUUGAUUAUUAGAAUAGCCAGGUUGCUCUUCACUUUAUCAGUAUUUUUACGUCUAGUACAUAUAUAUUUAUAAGCACUUCUAUACACAUUUUAUAACAGCGUAAAUAAAAUGAAUAAACCAA